AUGCAUCACAGCAAGUACCUUCACUUUCUCUUCGGCCGGGUUGAAAUCCAGCGAGGGCAGAGAUUGCAGAAAUUGUUCUUCCUGGUGCCAGCAGCUAUCCGAACAUUGAAGGGUCAAUCGCUUAUCAAGGAUUGGCAGGAAGGCUGCAUCAAUACCGUCGACCGAAGCGGUCCGGAAGCAAAGUUGCAGGAUUUCUCGGAGCAAGUGUGGGACGAGUACAUUGGUUUCGUGGAGCAUCAGUACAACCUUUCUCAGAAGCCCUUCCCGCUGAAUGCAUCAGGAGAGGUGAUGGCUGCAGCCCGCAGCAUCAUUGUGCUGCUGACCAUCAUCAUAACAGGCACUGUCGCUCUGGUCUAUGACGGUUCCUACUCCAAAGAGCACCGCAUGGGCGAGUACGACGUGCACUAUGCCAAGGAUUGGUACGUGUGGGUUCUGACUGGCUUGAGCACUGCGCAUUUCAUUUGCGCUGUGCUGCUGGUCCUCUUCCACGUUGUGGCCUAUUCCCAGUGGAAAAUCGACACCGGCAUGGACCAGUGGAAGGAGGAAAAUCCUCAUUCGCAUCACAGGCUCAACGGAAUCUUCGGCGCCAUUCUGAUGCUGUGGUUCUUCCUCCAGGACUCCGGACUGGUGAACAAGCUGUUCUUGGCCGGCAUCUCCUUCUUGGGUCUACACUUCGAUUUUUUGAUUUUCUCCGUCCACCUCAUGUACGUCUGCGCGCAGGUCGAGACGCUCGGCAAGGUUUUCGAGGCUCUCUGGAUCACCAAGGAUCAGGUCGUAGGAACAGCAGUUCUGGGUUUCUGUGUCCAGUACUGUUUCUUGGUCCUCGGCUUCCUGACGUUCUCCAAGGGCUAUGGCUUUGCGGACAUGGACACCUCAGAGUGCUCCUCGUUGAUGGAGUGUCUGCUUGCUCACCUGGACUAUGGAUUUCGUUCAGGGCCUGUCUGGUCUUCAGCGGAGCUGACUUGGUGGAAGUUCGCCUUCGAUUACUUGUACAAUCUGGUCGUAAUUCUGAUUUUGGCUGCCAUCAUUUCCGGCAUCAUCAUUGACACAUUUGCCAACAUGCGAGCCGACCUGUCCGAGAAGAACGAUGAUCAAGAGAACAACUGCUUCAUUUGCGGCAUCAACCGAUCGCAGAUGGAGCGACAGAUGGUCAAGUUCGAGCACCAUGUCUUUCAGGAGCACUACAUGUGGAGUUAUGCUCGCUUCCUGAUGUAUCUCAAGCAGGCGAAGGAUUCAGACUUGAACGGCCCAGAGUCCUUUGUCAAGGCCAAGGUGACGAGACAGGACUACACCUUUUAUCCAGUCAAUCGAGCUUUGACGCUGGAUUCCGAUGAUGCAGAGGACUACACAGAGCGACAGGUUCGCAUCAAGGAUUUGGAGGAGAUGCGUGGCUCUGUGCGUCAGUGCACAGAGACCUCUCAGCAUAUCCUGCAGCUGAAGCGAGAACUGAAGACGGUCAUGAAGGAAUCCAACGAGGCAGUUGCUGACAUGCAGAUGCGACUUCAGCUUUUGACCGGAGAUGUGCACAAGAAGGUUCAAGAAGCAAUGCUUCAAAAAGCCGCUCAGCAAGCUGCAGGUCAUCGCUCCGAUUGGCAAGGUUUGCCAGUGUUGCAGGCUUUCGCACCGGCAGGUGACAAGUAA